UACCCUGAUUGAACUCUCACCUAAAUUGUAUUUGGUGCAACAGGCAGACUUCAAAACUUUUUAUUGAUGUUGCAAGUUUCAUUGAAGAACUCUACACAUGUUCAUUGACCGGUAGGAAGUACCAAACACACUCAGGAUUAUUUUAAUUUGUAUUUAUUUUCUUAUCUAAACCACAAACAGAAUAUCAUUUCAUUGUUUAUCUAUGACAAACGCAAACCCCUGUUUAUCACAAUAUGCCUUGAAUUAUCACCUAAUAUUUACUAAUGCGCUUUCUGUUGAUAUUACCAAUAGUUAUGUUGAUUUCAACUACAAUAUUAUUUUUCUAAUGAUGGAAAUACAUAUUCCUGGACCAAAUUCGUGAUCAAUACCAGAAUGCAGGAACUCUUUGCUCUGGUGCUCAAUGAUAAAGAUUUAUCAAAGGCUGGAGAGCUUUUCUCUCUUGAGGACAAAGACAUUCAGCAUGAUUUAACUGAAGUACUUGAACGCAUUUGUCAGAUUGUUGACAGUUUUGAUUAUGUAACCAGCAGUAAUGACCAGAGUGUUGUAGAAAUAUGUGUAACAAGAGUCACAUCAGCAAUCAGAGAGACAGACAGUAUCAGCAGUCAUGUCAAUGCUAUGAUAUCUUUGUUGGAAGUAUGCCUCAAGUACAAUCUGCAACCAAGUGGCAAGGAUGAAGAUCCAGCACAUGCUAAAAUUGCAUCAGAUGUUCUCAGCUGUUUAUUUAUGAAUUAUACUAAAAAGGGAGUGAUGGAAAUAGCAUUACCAGUAGUUGUGCAAUUUCUGGAUUGUGAAAAUAAAGAAUUAGUACGAAAUGUUUCCAGUUAUUUAUCUUUGGCUGCCAUUGGCUGUUCUUCCUUGUUGGCUUCCUACAUGGAGCUUAUCAUCAGCAGUGUUCUCAAAGGUAACUCAGCUUUGACUCUCCUCCUUCAAAAGGUCUAUCCUGAUAACAAACAAGUUAUAUUGGACCAUGUUCCUGAAUUGGUACGGCUCAUGGAUACAUGUGAACUACAAGAGAGUAUAAGUUUGAUCCAGAUGUUUGCAAUGGUUGCAAAAGAAAACCCAAGGCUGUUGCAGCCAUAUGUUCCUGUGUUUUGUGAUUACCUAAAGCAGCCAGAAAUGGCUCCAACAGUUUUGAACAUUCUCGUGGACAUAGCUAGUGUGAAUCCUCGCUCGCUGUUGGCUUAUGUUACUGCCUUGCAGACAUUACUCACUGUUUACCCUGUCUACACAGAACCUGCAGUUGCUAUCAUUGGAAGCAUUGCUACUCUUAGUGAGAAUGAUGCUAAACGUAGUCUACAGUACUUCAUGGGACAGCUGCCAAAUGCUGACAAAACUACCCUUCCAUUGUACUUAAAUGGCUUGAAGAUGAUUGCAGCAUCCUCUCCUCAUCUUUUGGGCCAACACAUGCCAGAAAUCAAUAAACAUUGUCAAAACAAACCUUAUGUUGCUGACCUUUUGCAUCAGUUACGUGAAGACUUAAAGAAGCGAAGUGCAACAUGCCCAGAGACAGAAGAGAUGCGUAAAAAGUAUGUUUCGUUUGAGGGUGAGGAGCUGCGGAAAAAAUUUGUUACAUUUUCUGAAGGAGACAUUCAUCUUAGUGGAAGCACGCCUGAAAAAGAAGUCCGAUCUGUGUCCAGUCAAACUGAAGGGACUGUUACUGUGAUUACGGUCGGUAAUCCACCCAACUGCACAUAUCCAAGUGAUACACUACCAGUUAAACAUAAUUUAAUAGCUCCCUAUAACUUGAACCAGCUUAGUCUAAGAAAAGCAAGCAGAAGUUCAUUAAAUACUGACCCAAUAUUUGAUAGACCAACUAGCCCAAGUUUUGAAACCAUGGUAUCAGACAUUCCUCUUAGUAACAGUCUGACAUCAACUGCCACAAAUCCAUCCUGUCCAUCUCCUGUUUCUUCUAUGAAGGAACUGUAUCGUGAUGUUGUCCAACAGUUUUGUGAAAAGCAUCUUGGAAAGAUCCGUGUUUUUAUCAAUAAUGUGACUGCUCGUUUGCCAUCACCUGUAAAAUGUAGUGUUGUUAAUGGUCGCCAUAAACGUUAUGUUAAGCUAAACUUUGUAUGUUCCAGUCAUCGUGGAGAUGAGUGUCUUUAUAGUAAUAAUUGUUUUGUGUUAAUUACACACAUACCCAAAACCUGGAUUCAUCUCAUGUUUCUAGCUUUGCAGGCCAAAGCCAUUUCUGCUUUAGGCCAACAAGAUACAUCUGUAAGUUGUCUGAAACGAUGCUGGGAUGCUCUGAAGUCAGAAAAAGGCCCAAGUAGUUUUCUUACUGUUGUUACAUCAUCAUUUCCAUCAGCUAAGGAUCAAGAUGCUCUUCUUCAUGAACUUCACAGUGUCCGUUAUUUCGAUGUUUUUGAAUUCAAUGCUGCUGAGCACCAUUGGGCAUGUUUUAUGUGCAACCACCCUGAAAAGAUGGUCACUUUACUUCAGGAUGGUAGUCCAUUUAUUUCUGGACAACUAAAAGAGAAGAAGGGUCGGUUGAAAUUUCUGAAACGAUGGAAAACGCGGUAUUUCAGCUUAUCAGGAUCAAACAUUACCUACAGCAAAGGUGAUUCUCAUAAAGAAACAUUGCCAGUCAGUAAAAUACAAAGUGUGAAAGCUUUACGAAAAGGUAUUAGAGACAUUCCAAAAGCUUUUGAAAUAUUUACUGCUGACCAGAGGUAUGUGUUGAAAGCAAAGGAUGAACAGAAUGUGGAACAAUGGGUGCAGUGUUUGCAGAUUGCUGUUGCACGUUCACAGCAAAAAGAACCAGUUUUAGCUCCUCUCACAAGUAUUGAAAAUCAAUAGCCAUUCUCAGAUGAUUUCUCAUGUUUGUCCUUUUCAAAUUAAGCUGCUAUGUUAUACUGCUACACUAACAUGGAAAUAUCAUCUCAAAUUUUGCAUAUUUGCCUGAAUUUUUAGGACAGAUAAUUUUACGACAUGCUCUCCAUCACCUCACUCUGUUCUAGAGAAAUAGUCAAUCGGAGUAAUCUAUCUUGGCUUAAGGUGUCAGGUAUUGCUUGUAAUUAAGAUAUAAAACUAUUUAAAACAUUUAUCAUUCAGACACCACAUCUUUAUUAUAUAUAAUUUACAUUACCAUAUCACAUUAUUUUUCUAACUCUGUUCUUAGUCAAUAUAGUAAAUUGGUGCUAAAUAAUUAAAAAAAGGUUUUGUAGUUAUCAACGAUUUGAAGUAAAAUUUUGUGGUAAAGGAAAUUAGUCUUGUAAAAUUUAAUAAUUUCAAUUUUAGUUGAAGAAAUUGAAAUGAUAAAAACGAAAAAAGAAGUAAAAGUUGUGUUUGUAUUGAUUAAAAACCCAAAAUAAUUGUUGUUAGGCCUCAUAAACUUAUGAUCAAAGGUAUUCCAGUCAGGAAUAUCAUAUUUUCUUUUUCUGAACAAAGAGUGUACAUUGUCUAAUGCGUCCUUCAUUAUUUCUUUUUUAAUUGGUGAAAACAAUUGGAGGGAGAUUUGGUUACUGGUUCUAACAGGUCAAGUGACUACAUAGAGGUUCCUGUUAGUCUGUUGUUGAUGAAUACUUUUGUUAAUUAAUAAUACUUUGUUCUUAACUUUUACAUAGUUCUGUAAAAUUUUCAUCUUAUUUACAAAUAAAUAUAAUAACAUUUGAUAAAACAAGGACAUCAAGGAAACUGGUGGUGAACAAUGUUGGCAAAAAUUAUAUAGUGAAGUUUGUGUGUUUGGAUAAAUUUGUAUGUAAGAGGAGAAGAAGAAUAUGACAUUUAAAUCAAUAAUAUUAUUAGUUCUCUGGUGCUUCACUAUAAAUAGGUAUUAAAGUAUGCUCUAGUGUUUGGAAUAGUAACUCCAAAUAUGUUAAAAUAGAGAAACACCUUGUUUCCAUUUUGAAAUUAAGUAAAAUAUGCUGAAAGUUAGCAAGAAGAUCAGGCAAAGAUGGCUGUGACUAUCUGGUCACUGUGUGUGUCACACUGAUCAGGAAGUAUCCAAGACAAAUGUCUUGUGGAUCCCACUUCAUGGUGAUGUAAGAAGAGAAAAACGUCUUACUUACAUUGAUAACAUGACUGUAGACAUUGGCCUGGAAUGCAUCCAGGAUCCCAACAUUGAACUGUUAUAGAUCUUUUAUCUUUUAUAUGUUUCAGUCAUUGGACUGUGGCCAAGCUGGGGCACUCAACACUUUGAAGGGUUUUAGUCCAAUGAAUUGACUCCAGUACUUAUUAUUUCAAAGCUUGAUACUUAUUCAAUCAAUAUUUUUUGUCAAACCACUAAGUUACCAGGACAUAAACAAACGAACACCAGUUGUCAGUUGGGGGUGGAAGUUAAACACAAAGACUCUCUCUCUCUCUCUCUCUCUCUCUCUCUCAUACACACACACACACACACACACAAUCACGUAUAAUGGGCUUUCUUCAGUUUCUGUCUACCAAAUCCACUAACAAGGCUUUGGUUGGCCAGGGGCUAUUAGUAAAAGACAUUUGUUCAAGGGGCCAUGCAGUAGGACUGAACCUGGAACCAUGUAGUUGGGAAGCAAACUUUUUACUGCACAGCCAUGCUUGCAUCUAUGAUGUUAACAAUUUCACUCUUACUGUUACAGUUAUUAAUAUUGAAUGCUAACAUUGACACAGUGGCACACAUUUUUAGGGGAAGAUUAUGAUAUAUUGAAAUACUUCCAAUAUGUUACUGGUGAUUUUUAUGAUUCUGGUAGGACACAAAGCAAUCUAAACAACUGCCCCAAAUUAUUUAAUCUAGUACUCUUUCAUUUCUGUUAUUCUACUGUCUUUAUGGGUGUUAAUAUGAGAUGCUGCAAGAAAUAGGAACAAUAAAACUUGCGUGGUUAUUUUGCUUUUUAAAUUUAUUAUGAAAAAUAAAGUGGUUCCUUUUAAAAUUGUUUAGGAAUCAUAGUUUUUUUGUGCUUAUACAUAUGGACCAUGAACAUAUCAUUACUUAUGGAUGUAUUCAAGAAUAGCUGAUGAAUUCUUUUUUGCCAGUGUGCAGGUAGCUUUUGGCUUUCUCAGGUCUCUCUUCUGUUCAUUCCAUCUCCUCGUCUGCUUAGAUGCUAUGUCAUCUUUUCUUACGGGCCUGCACCAGUGGUAUUUCUCAGUUGUGAGAUUCUAUUAUGACUUGUUUUAAUUUAGAAGUCUCUUGGGAAGAUCUUGAACUUAUAAGUAUCAGUGUACUGAAUGUUUCCUCCUCAUCAACUCUCUGGAAAAGAUAUUUCAUCAUCCAUUCUGGUAUUAUGACCAGAUUACAACCACUAGGCUUUGUAGAGAAGAAUGUGGAUGCAGGGCAACACUGCAUUAGUGAGGACCUCAGUGCCUGGGAUGUUUUUCUAACAAUGGGUAUGCUGUAAUUUGUGCAAAUAGUUCAGCUUUUUAACCAGCUUGUUGUAAAUAGUCUAUGUCUCACUGUCACAUAGUAAAAUUGGUAGAAUAAUGGUUCUGUAGACCUUUUGUUCAGAGGCUGAGACCUUUCACUCAUGUAUUUUUGUGAAGUCCACUGAAGGCAAUGAUGAGUGUGGCAGUUCUGUGGUUUACUUCAAAAUCAUUGUGAACAUUCUUGAGAGAUUGUUGGCAAAGUAUGUGAACUUGUCAAUGGUAAGUAGAGUCUAAUCUUCCACCUUCAUUACAUGUGCUAUGUACUCCUUACAAAGGGUUCAUUGGUACAUGACUUGAAUUUUCUUUGUGCUGAUGGUGAGGCCAAAAUCAUCACAAGCAGAGAAGAACCUGUUCAUGUCCUGCUGUAUCUCAGAUUUUGAACCUGCUUUGAGAACAUAAUCAUUUGCAAACAGGAAUUAACACUCUGUUGUCCUUCUCUUUGAUUUUGGCCCAGAGAACCUUCUCAAGUUGAAGAACCUGCUGUCACUGCAAUAGCAUCUUAUGAAAUUUGAAUAGUCUUGAGGCCACUUCUACAAUUUAGUUUGUUUGAUCUGUUAUGAUACUGACCAAGUUGUUUCAAAGAGACUGGCUAAUAACCAUGUUCUAAUAAAUAUCCAUUCAUUAGAACAUAUCAAGGUAGUUACCUAGAGUGUUCAAGUAAUUUAAAAGAGUCAAGGGGGAAAAUAUUGGAUUAGAUCUUUGGUACUGUUUUAAAUAUCAUUUGGUUUUAAAAAUUGAAAUUUUAUGUCUAUCUAUCUAUCUGUCUGUUUAUCUAUGUAUGAGUAUUUAUUUUAGAAAUGAUUAUAUUUUGAUAAUCUUUACAAAAACAUAAUAAAGAAAAUGCCAUACACCUUAAAGGAAUUUAUUACUUUCCAGUAAAUUAUAAAAGGUGCCUUUUUGUGAUAUUACAACAUAAUGAAAAAAAUAUCCCAGUAAUUAUAUGUUGUAUGUAAUAAAUAUGUUCAUUAUAUAUUUGGAAACAUUAUCAGUUAUUACUUUGAUUCUAUUGAAGAAAUAUUUAUUCUGUUAGAUAUAUUAACCUAACUAAUCAAACCUAGAGUUAAGAAAAUGCAAUGUUCUUGCCUUGUCAAAAGUGCCUUUUUACAUUUUCUCACCUUUUUUUAAUAGCUAUUAAUAUACAAACAUAAUUCUCAUGUAAUUUUUUAUAUUUAAAAAAAUAAAACUAAUUGAAUUUUUACUCUAUAUUGCAUUCUCAGUGAAACACAACAUGCAUAAUACAUUAAUAAAUUAGUUUUUAACACCAUAUCAAUAUAUCAUACUUCCAUCUCUUCGGUUAGAACACUUUUCUGGAUGUCAUUCGUAGGUUUUGGACUCAGCAUUUCCUUUUUGAGUUAAUGAGUGAUAACAACUAACGUUACUCUGUUUUUUUCCCCCCAUUUCUGAAGAAGAAAAGUUACAUCUCAAUGAGAAAGAAAGGUAUAUAAAGCGAUGUUGCUAUAUCAUGCAUUUCUCUUUUAAGUCACUUUAAAUAAUAAUAAUUCAUGUGUCAUUGCUGUACAUUUAGCUUUAAGAUGAUAACAGAACCAUGAAGUCUGGUAAGCAUUAUAAAUCUUUCAAAAGUAACAGCAGCAUAAAGAAUGAAGUUAUUGGAAGUGUAGCAGAAGUGUUUGCUCUAAAGAUUAUGAUUUCAUUUGUCUACUGGGCAGUGUUCUCUCUAAUAUUUUGCUGUGGGUCUGUGAGAAAUUUGUUUGUGUGAAAAUUGUCUUUCAUUGCAAAAAAUGUGCCCAUUCAUGUGAGUAACCAUUGCUCAAAUGCUGUAUUGACGAUUCACCUUCCAAUUCUCUGCACCCCUGAUUUUGUAUUCACCCUGUCUUGCAAGUUACUUGGUGACCUCACUGGUGCUGAUACCACAUACAAAGCAUCAAGUACACUCUGCACAGUGGUUGACAUUAGGAAGGGCAUCCAACCAUAGAAACUGUACCAAAACAAACAUUGGGGCUUGCAAUAAUGUUCUGGCUCACCAGCUCCUGUCAAACUGUCCAAUCCACACCAGCAUGGAAAGCAGAUGUUAAAUAGUGAUGAUGAUGAUUAUUAUUUUCAUUAAAAAAGAAAUUGAAUUUCAUCUUGAAAAACUUUGUGUGCACACAGUAUUUCCUUUGUUGCACUAGUUGUAAGACAUAUGCACACAAGCAUACAGCUCAGAGGGAAAAUUACUACUGGAGUUUAUUAAUGUGGACUUCAUGCUUAUUUCUGAUUAUACUGACCUUUCAAACUGGUACAAUUUAUUGGCACUCACACUAUUGAUAGUCAGAGGAUAUAUAUUGUGUUGAUAUUUAACAGUAACACACACACACACACACACACACAUAGAAGUGCUGAGUUCUGUAAGCUAAGUCUGUUAUGGAGAGUUAAACAUUUACAAUAGUUGUAAAUAUUAAACCUUUCUGUUUAUAUAAAACACUCUGAAGAAGAAAGGCCCUUUUACAUUUGGGGUUUGUAUGACAGUCUUCAUGUAUUAAUGUGCUUCUAAUUAUUAUCAUAAGACAACUUAAUGUUCUUUAGUAGUAAAGUUAUAAUAGCUCUUUAUUUAGUCUAAACCUAAGCUUUCUUUAUAUGUCAGAAAGUCUAUUAAAAAAAAA